AUGAAUGACCAGAUGCUGGAAUCGAGUGGCCAGCCCCUUCAAGGAACUUCAGUUUUACUGUUUGGGCUUGGAGGGAUGGGUAAGUCGUCGAUCACCGUCAAGUACAUCUACAACAAUUAUAAGAAGUACGAGCCAUACAUCUUCUGGAUCCCCUGUGACACUCGGCAGAAGCUCAUGGCGGCUGUUCUUGUAGCUUGUCAGUGGCUGAAAAUACCACUAGAGAACUCGGAUGCCGAUCUUGCCAAGGCACCUGGUGUCUGGAAAUAUUGGCUUGAACAUUCUGACAAACAGUUCAUUGUCGUUUACGAUAAUGUAGAGGAAAAGUCUGUGCUGGAAGAGGUCUGGCCGAAAACUUAUUCCGGCACUAUCAUCGUCACCAGCCGUCGGAGGGAUGUUGCCGCUGACCUCGUUAUGCACGAACACGAGAUAACUGCCAUGCCUCCUCUUGGUAGUCGCCAUCUCCUGCUCGACUUGCUGCACCCUUCGCUACAAGAACAAGCCGAGAAAGAUUUAACAGUGGUUGAUAAGAUUUGCGAGUUUCUUGACGGCCUCCCUCUAGCCAUCUUACUCACAUCGUCGAUGAUUGAUGCUUGCAAGUCUUUAAGCGGUAUCCUUCAAAGGCUAGAGAAAUCUCGAAAGACGCUCUUGGAAUGGUCCGACGAGAAAAAGAAGAACACACCGUUGUCCUUGAUGCUUGUCUGGGAAGCCAACAUCAAAAAUCUUUCUUCGGAUUCACUUCAACUUCUACAUGUUAUGGGGCUUUUGGAUCCCGAUAAUUUCACAGAAGACAUGGUGUCGCCUGAGAUAGUUGCUUCUCAAUCGUUGCCUCUCCCUGCAGACGAAACUUCAUAUCUCUAUGCCCUUGCCGGACUAUCCGAAUAUUCACUUGUGCGCGGGGACAGAUCAUCAAUUUGUAUGCAUCGUUUGCUACAGGAUGUCAUUAUCGAGAGAAUGAGCCCAGAGACGUUGAGAGAGUCUUUCAACACAGCUGUGCAAAUCUCUCUUGCUGUUUUCCCAAAACAAUCUGAUGAGGGUCUUUUGAUGUCUUCUUUCUGGCUGCAGUGUCAAAAGUAUCGCUCGCAUGUUGAGUCGUCAAUGUAUGAAAGCGGUGACUACAUCCGCGCCAAUGAUUUGGCCCACACAGGCCUUGAAAUCCUGAAGCACGUCAAAUGUGAGACGAGGCGGUUGCAAGCGGAUCUCUGGACAACUAUUGGCGGAGCUCAGCUUCUAGCGACAAACUCCAAAGAAGCCUACGACAGCUUGAAGGAGGCUCUUGACUUGAGGCUGGGCGCAGUAGACGACGGUCUAAUGGAACCUGACCAUCCUCAAAUUGCCAACUCGUAUAUGAGCUUAGGUGCAGCAGCUGUUGGCGUCGGAAACCUGGACGAGGCGAUCGAUCUUGGAGAGAAGUCUAUCGAAAUUCGUUCGGGGAGAGAAGAAGAGCAGAUCCAGAUGCUCGCAAUGUCUCACCAUAACGUUGCCUUGGCUUCGCUCUGCGCUGGGCAACUAGACAAGGCAGAGAAAUUCUCCAAACGAUCGAUCGAGUUAUCUAGGACUAGAUCACCCAGCAUGACAAAGGAGCAGCGGCUGUAA